GCGGCUGGCGCGGAGGGAAGGUCGCCCUGGCGUAUGUGGGUUUCGCUGUUUCUGGUUCAAACCUGAGUGUGUCAGCCCACACUCCUACACGCGUGGGGUCUGGGGGUCGCUACGGGCGUUAAAAUCCCCGGAUCCGCCUCUCCUAUCCGCGGCAUAUUGAAGGUGAUCCUAAAAUUUUUAAGAAAGGAGUGAGAUGAAAAGGACAGACUGCCCACUGCCUCAUCUAGGCCACCCUUUCAUAAUUCGCUUACACACGGUUCUCACUCAACUCAGAUGUUCUCAAGGCAACUUGGUCGAAUGACCUUCUGGGCCUCAGUGAACCACCUGCAACAUGGAGAUGAUGUACAAGACCAGGAAUUCUGAAUGACAGUGAUCCCUGAAAUGAUUGGCAGUACCGCAUGUGUGUCUAUGUUGCAUUUUUGUACAAGAGGGUGACCAGUUGUAAUUAGAAGCUUAGAAGAGUCCCAGCCCAACAAGAGUGAUGAAAACUACUAGGAAAGAGGCAGAGCAUAGGCUCAGAAUCAGAGACUGUCUCCCUGAGUUCUCUGUCUGCCUCAGGAGUAAAUCUGAAGUAGACCACAUGAAUCGCUGACAUUAAACACUUCACUGGCUUCCUGUCACUCUCAGGACAAAUCCAGGCUCCUGGAUAUGACACCAGAAAGCACAGGAUUGACAUCUCAAGAUUCACUUUGCCUGAGAAAGAAGCCCGGAGGAGGAAGAAGAGGAAAGAAGGAGGAGUCAGGAAUGACGCUUUCUCAGGAACUGCUGACGUUCAGGGACGUGGCCAUCGAGUUCUCUCAGGAGGAGUGGGAAUGCCUGGACCCCGCUCAGAGGGCCUUGUACAGGGACGUGAUGCUGGAGAACUACAGGAACCUGCUCUCCCUGGAUAUUUCUACUAGAUGUUUUAUCAAAGAACUAUCACCAAAAGAGGACAUUAAUAAUGGAGAAUUAUUCCAAACAUCUAUUUUGGAAAGACACGUAUGCCAGAGUUUUGAUGAUUUUGAUUUCAGGGAAGUCCAGCAAAAUAUGCACAAAUUUGAGAGUCAGUGGGUAUAUGAAGAAAAGAAUUAUGAAGGCGUGCCUAGAAGCCAUUACAAAAAUCUCACUGGUAGAAGAGAUCUACAACAUCAUAAAUCCUGGAAUAAUUUCCCUGUAAAUCAGAAUGUUUCUGUAAGAAAAAGUAUGUCUCAAUAUUACAAACAUGACAAGUCAUAUAUGAGGAAUAAGGAACUAAAAAAUGACAUAGGCUGUUCAGGAAACAAGUAUAUGAAAUGUUUGAAAAACAGGCUUGGACUGAGCUUUCAUUCACAUCUGGCUGAACUGCGGAGAUUUCAAACUGAAGAGAAAAUUUAUGAACGUCAUCAAGUUGAGAAGUCCAUCAACAAUUGUUCUUCAGUUUCACCACUUCAAAGACUUCCUCCUAGUGUCAAAACUAAUAUUUGUGGUAAAUAUGGGAAGGUUUUUAUGCAUCCUGCAUUGCUCACAGAACACCAGAAAACACACGUUAGAGAAAAACCUUACAAGUGUAACGAGUGUGGGAAGGCUUUUAGCCACUGCUCAACCUUAGCUAAUCACCAAAGAAUUCAUUCUGAUGAGAGACCUUACAAAUGUAAUGAGUGUGGCAGAGCCUUUAACAGGUUCUCAAACCUCACAAGGCAUCAGAGAAUUCAUACUGGGGAGAAACCAUAUAAAUGUAAUGUGUGUGGUAAGGAUUUUAUGAUACGUUCACACCUUUGGAGUCAUGAGCGAAUUCAUACUGGAGAGAAACCUUACAAAUGUAAUGAGUGUGGCAAAGCCUUUUCUGAGCGUUCAAAUCUUGCUCAACACAAGAGAAUCCAUACUGGAGAGAAACCUUACAAAUGUAACGAAUGUGGUAAGGAUUUUACCACACGUUCACACCUUUGGGGUCAUGAGAGGAUUCACACUGGAGAGAAGCCUUACAAAUGUAAUGAGUGUGGCAAAGCCUUCACCGGGAGUUCAAAUCUUACUCAACAUAAGAAAAUUCAUACUGGAGAGAAACCAUAUAAAUGUACAGUAUGUGGCAAGGCCUUUAGUCAGAAUUCAAGCCUUAUAGUUCAUCAAAGAAUUCAUACUGGGGAGAAGCCUUACAAAUGUCAUGAAUGUGGCAAAGCCUUUAAGCAGUACUCGAGCCUCAGUAGACACCAGAAUAUUCAUACUGGAAGGAAACCUUACAAAAGAAGUAAAUGUGGCAAAGCUAUUAAUCAGUCUUCAAGACUUACUCAAAACCAGAGUUAUCAUGCUGAAGCAGAACCAAACACAUGUAAUCACUGUGGGAAAGUCUUUCAUCAAUCAUCAACUCUAAAAAGACGUAAGAAAAUCCAUACUGAAGAGAGACCAUACAAAUGUAAAGAAUGUGGGAAAGCCUUCAACCGGUACUCAAACUUCACUGUACAUCAGAGAAUUCAUACUGGAGAGAAACCUUACAAAUGUAAAGAAUGUGGCAAAGCCUUCAACCACUACUCAAACUUCACUAUACAUCAGAGAAUUCAUACUGGAGAGAAACCUUACAAAUGUAAAGAAUGUGGCCAAGCCUUCACCUGGUACUCAUCCCUUACUAUACAUCAGAGAAUUCACACUGGAGAGAAGCCUUACAAAUGUAAAGUAUGUGGCAAAGCCUUCAACCAGUACUCAAACCUUACUAAACAUCAGAGAAUUCAUACUGGAGAGAAACCUUACAAAUGUAAAGAAUGUGGCAAAGCCUUCACCUGGUACACAUCCCUUACUAUACAUCAGAGAAUUCACACUGGAGAGAAACCAUACAAAUGUAAAGAAUGCAGCAAAGCCUUCAACCAGUACUCAUAUCUUACUAUACAUCAGAGAAUUCAUACUGGAGAGAAACCUUACAAAUGUAAAGAAUGUGGCAAAGCCUUUAACAACUGCUCAAAUCUUACUCAACAUUGGAGAGUUCAUACUGGAGGGAAACCUUACAAAUGUAAAGAAUGCGGCAAAGCCUUCAAGCAGUACUCAUGCCUUAUUCGACAUCAGAGAAUUCAUACUGGAGAGAAACCAUACAAAUGUAUAGAAUGUGGCAAGGCUUUUAACCAGUGUUCAAACCUCACACAACAUCAGAGACUUCAUACUGGAGAGAAACCCUACAAAUGUUCAGAAUGUGGGAAGGCCUUUAGUCGUGGCUAUCAACUUACCCAACAUCAGAAAAUUCACACUGGUGAGAAACCCUAUGAAUGUAAAGAAUGUAAAAAGGCCUUUCGUUGGGGUAACCAACUUACUCAACAUCAGAAAAUUCAUACUGGUGAGAAGCCUUAUGAAUGUAAGGACUGUGGGAAGGCCUUUCGAUGGGGCUCAAGUCUCGUUAUUCAUAAGAGAAUUCAUACGGGCGAGAAACCCUAUGAAUGUAAAGACUGUGGGAAGGCCUUUAGACGUGGUGAUGAACUCACUCAGCAUCAGAGAUUUCACACUGGCGAGAAAGACUAUGAAUGCAAGGACUGUGGGAAGACCUUUAGCCGCGUGUAUAAACUAAUUCAACAUAAGAGAAUUCAUAGUGGUGAGAAACCCUAUGAAUGCAAAGACUGUGGGAAGGCCUUUAUUUGUGGCUCGAGCCUCAUUCAGCAUAAGAGAAUUCAUACCGGUGAGAAGCCCUAUGAAUGCCAAGAAUGUGGGAAGGCCUUUACUCGUGUCAAUUAUCUUACUCAACAUCAGAAGAUUCAUACCGGUGAGAAACCUCAUGAAUGUAAGGAGUGUGGGAAGGCUUUUCGUUGGGGUUCGAGUCUCGUUAAACAUGAGAGAAUUCAUACAGGUGAGAAGCCAUAUAAAUGUACAGAAUGUGGGAAGGCCUUUAAUUGUGGCUAUCACCUUACUCAACAUGAGAGAAUUCACACUGGUGAAACGCCUUAUAAAUGUAAGGAAUGUGGAAAGGCCUUUAUUUAUGGGUCAAGCCUUGUUAAACAUGAGAGAAUUCAUACAGGGGAGAAACCGUAUGAAUGUAAAGAAUGUGGGAAGGCCUUUAGUCACGGCCAUCAACUUACACAGCAUCAGAAAAUUCAUACCGGUGAGAAACCCUAUGAGUGUAAGGAGUGUGGAAAGGCGUGUAACCAUGUAAACCAUCUUAGGGAACAUCAGACGGUUCCUACUGUUGAAAAGCCUUGUGAAUACAAAGAGCGUACGGAGGCCUACACAACAUUCCUUCCUUCCACAACAUGAGGAAAAUUCUUGAUAUAAAUUAACAUCAGAAAGCCUUCACUGGUCACUCUUCUGCUUAUCGAAUAUCAGAAUAGUCAUGCUAAAGGCAAAUUUCAAGAAUGGGAAAAUCUCUCUUAAUGAUCACAGCAUACUCAGUGCAGAUUUCUUUUACUGGGUAGAUGAGUUUAGUAAAUGCAUAGAAGCUUUCCAGUCCCAUUCAAUCUCUGUCGCAUUUCAGAUUCAUUCUAGGGAAUAACUGUGCUGAUGUAUUGUGGGGAAGCCUUUUGUCGUGGUCCAUACGCCACCAUUAUCACCAUCCCACCUCUCCUCCCUGUGAGACACUGGGCAAAUUACCUCUUACCCCUGUGCGUCAUUUGUGAAGUGGGGAGAAGCACACCUACCUGCUCCUGCUGUUGUGGUUGAGUUUGGUACAUGUAACCUCCUUGAAAGUGUCUCUGGAAUAUUGUGUAAGCUCAAUAAACAGUAGCUGCUGCUGUUCUUAAUCAUUAUUCCCAUUAGUGUUGCUCGUAGGGAAUUAUUACAAGAAGACCCCUGUGGGCGCAAUGAGUUUAGAAAAGACUACCAAACUUCUAGAAGAAAAUACAGAUUACUGUCACAGUCUCGGGGUGCACAGUGUUUCUUGGUACACAAAAGAAAGUAGUGGAAAAGCAGGAAGCAGACCAGAAGAUGCUCACUCUACAUACAACUGACAGUGGACUCACACAGGAAAUAGAGAGAACCCUUCAAGUCAAUAAUGAAAAAACAAAUCAAUUAAAGGAGGGGCAGGGGACAGACUUGCAUAAGCACUUAAGAUCACCAAAUGGCCAGUAAGUCAGUGAAAAUGUGUUCAGCGUGAUUACUCAUCCAGGCAAUGCAAAAUAAAAUCACCAUGUGAUGUCA